CCUUUUUCGUCCCCAUAGCUCUACAUCCAGACCACCACGCUGACCAUCUCCAUGAAUCUGAGCGCGUCCGUGGCUCUGGGAAUGCUCUACAUGCCCAAGGUCUACGUCAUCAUCUUCCACCCGGAGCUCAACGUGCAGAAACGCAAGCGCAGCUUCAAGGCCGUGGUGACGGCGGCCACCAUGUCCUCGCGUCUGUCGCACAAACCCAGCGACCGGCCGAACGGAGAGGCCAAAACCGAACUGUGCGAAAAUGUGGAUCCAAACAGUCCGGCCGCUAAGAAGAAAUACGUGAGCUACAAUGACCUUGUGAUCUGAGGGCCUCCAUCACAGGAGGAAGGUGAUCGAUGGCACUUCCUGGUUUCUCUCGGCUCUUUGGAA